AGCUCCUCCCUGCACAGCCCUCCUGUCCCGGAAGAGGGAAGCAGCUUCGCAGAGAGAGAGAGAGAGGCGAAAUGUUUGUUGACAGCAGCAGAAAUCUUCUGAAUCAGACUGCUGGCAAGUUUUAGCCCACUUUCUGUCCCAUUAAACCCAUCCAGCAUCGCUCUCUGGCAUUCUGAUCUCGCAUGAACUCUCAAGGUAUGGAAUAUGGCAACGACUGAAACGCAGCUUAUGUUAAGCGUGGGAUUAAUCGAGAAAGAUGUGAAUGGAGACACUUUGUGGGUGUGGUGCUAUCCAUCUGUGGGCGACGAACUAAGGGAAGUCCUGCUCAGCAAGUGCUGCCUGACACACGAUGGCCGUGACUUUCACACUUUUGUGUUUGGUCAGUUCUCCCGUACCUGGUAUUACAUUACUACAAUGGAAGUACAGGAGCCGACAGCACUAAACAAGGUCACUCAUUUUUCAGUAGUUGUUACAGCAAAAGACUUCAACCCUGAGAAAUAUGCUGCACUCAGUAGAAUACUCUGCAGGAUGUAUGUCAAACACGGAAGUCCGGUGAAAAUGAUGGAAGCCUACAUCACCGUCCUCACCAAAGGAAUCUGUCAGAGCGACGAAAACGGCUCGUUUCUCAUUAAGGACUACGAUGUUCGGAAAGCCUACUUGGCAGGUUCAGUCAAAGAUGUGGUGUCUCAGUUCGGGAUGGAGACCAUCAUCCUGUAUACAGCCUUGAUGCUGAAGAAGCGGAUUGUUGUCCAUCACCCUCGGAUUGAGGCGUUGCUGGAGUUCACGAGAGUUCUGCCGGCUCUCGUGUGGCACAGGAAAGACUGGUCCAUCCUCCACCCGUACGUCCACCUGAGUGAUGCUGAACUGGAGGAUUUAAAGAAAUGCCCCGGAUACAUAGCAGGGUUUGUAAAUCCGGAAGUGAGCAACAGAACGGAUUUGUUUGAUGUGUUUGUGAACCUCCCAGACAGCACCAUCACAGUAUCCCAGAGUGCUAAAGAAGCCAUGGCUAUGGGGAAGUUGCACAAGGACAUCGGCCAACUCAUCGUGCAGUCUGCGGAGGACGCAGAGAAGUCAGACAGUCAGGUGAUCAAGGACAUUUCUGUCAAGACUAAAGAGAUCCUCGCUAACCUGGUUGCUCUUGCUGAUGAGUGUGAAGACUCUAAAAUCACACUGGAAGGUUUAAAGCGGCGUCAUUUCCCUCCAGCGACGGAGAACUUCCUCUUUCAUUUGGCAGCUGCAGAGCAGCUCUUGAGGAUAUAAAGCUGUUUUCAAACACUCUACUGCAGGUUACCAUCCGCAGCAUGGACUCACUGUUGGGAUCAUUACGGUUUUUUUUUUGUUUUUUGUUUUUUUAAAUGGCACACUGUUAAUACAAGGAAGAAAAGUGUCCCUAGCAUCAGAUUUUAUGGUGCACUGCUUAUCUAAUACAUCAGGGGACUCACACACCAAUAAUGGGAGCAAUGAAAGGAUUAGUUUGGUGAUAAUUAAUGUUUUUUUAGCAGAAACUAAAUUAAUCUACAGCUCGAGUUAUUAAAAAUAUCAACACACAAUGUGAACAGACUGGCUGCUGCCUGAGGUGUAGACCUCAGUGCACAGCUGCUUGAGUUUUUGUGUAAUCUGAAACGAUGGUCUUUAUGUGGGAUUUGCUGAAAAUGUAAAACAAUGCAAGUUUUAUCCCUUAACAGUAACAGGUAUGAGGGGAAAAGCGCCGCAGCUGUUGACUUGGAGUUUGUAGAGCAGAAACAACGAGCAGUGAUUUUCCAUCAGAGCGUUUUCCCACACGUUGGCUUCCUGUUCACGGUGCAACGCAGCAACUCCAAACGUCACAAAGCUUGUUCGUGGCUGGGUACUCACUUUGUACUGUCACAUGUGUGUGCAGGUUUUGCAAUUACUGAUUUAGCUGAUAGAAACUUUGCUGUGCGGGGAAAUCAGAUUACAAGUGUAGCAGACACUGCACAACUUGUAGAUUCUUUUUGUCUUUUAAAGGAAUGUCACAUUUUCUAUUUUGCUAACAGCAUUAGCGCCGCGCACAGCUGAAACAGAAGUAAACUGUUGUGCGGUGGGGAAUUUUCAGAGUUGUACUAACAGCUUCCACUUCAGUCUUGAGCUGAUUAAAUAACGAUUAAUGCUUCCAUGCCCACACUGACUCACUUGUAUUUAAUUACACGUCUUAUUUUCCAAGCUGUUUUUUUUUCUCCACUCUUCUAAAUCAGUGUCGUUAGCUCCAUUGUUGUACGGUUGAAUCCAUUUUUCACCACAUUGCAGUAUUUCAGGUGACGGUAACACAUAGGCUCAUGCAACUUUGAAAAUAUAUUUUCAUGAAAAUGUGUAAUAUUUGCUAUAUCUAUAAAUCCAACUAAUACUCAAAGUGAAAUAAAUUUCUAUCAGAAAGUAAACUGUUGCUUUAAAUAAACUCUUUAUUUUGG